UGCAAUAAAACACAUGGGGCAACAAAUUUGUGAAUGAUUCCUUUGUGAUCUCCGUCACUUUUUGUUCCUCUUCCUUUUAUAACUUUCUCUUUCUCCCUUUUAUAACUUUCUCUUUCUCAGAUCCCCACUAUCUCUCUCCCUUUCUUUUUGGUUUAUUUUAGUGUUUUUUUUCUGCAUUAAAUUCAGUGAAUGAUUUUUUGUUGAGUUUUGAUUUGGAGAUGCUUUGGAACUCAAUCAUUCUUCAGAAAAGAACAAAUCUUGAAUUGAUAUAACAAGGAGAAGAAAGUGAUAGAUAUAUCAACAAAGAGAUGGGAUCUUUCAAGGGUCAUGCUUUGCCAGGGACUCUGUUUCUGAUGGUUGGCGUAUGGCACAUAUGGAGUUCUGUGGUUCGGUAUGUGUCGAACCCAAAGGCUUUUGAGGUCAGAGUGUGGAACCCAGUUCCUGGAUUUGAUGGGAAGUUGAAGUACUUGGAGCUUUAUGUUGUAGCAAUUGGUGCUUUUAUUGAUUUGUGUAUUGAGCUUUUGUAUUCAACCCACCUCAAGUUUUUUGUCAAUGGAGUCUUGAACCCAUCACACUUGAAUGAUUUUGAGCAUUCCGGGAUGCUUCUCAUGUUUUUCCUCUUAGGUGCUAUCGCCCUACUCUCAGAUAAAACGAGUUUUGUUUGCUUAUCACAAGGAGCCCUUUGUCUUAUUGCGGCCGCAGCAUUCUGUGCGGAGUGUCUGCUAUUCUACUUUCACUCAACCACUCACAAGGGCCUAGAGGGAUACUACCAUCUUGUCCUUGUCCUUUUAAUAGGAGCUUGCAUUUUGACAACUGUUGCUGGAGCUCUCUGGCCAAAAAGCUUCCCAGUUGAUUUGUGUAGUGGAAUUGCUAUAACCCUCCAAGGGCUCUGGUUCUAUCAAACUGCUUUCACCCUCUAUGGCCCCAUGAUGCCAGAUGGUUGUCAGCUCAAGGGAAACGAAAUAUAUUGCCAUCCAACAGAAAGUGAGGUUGCAGGCGAGUUGCUUGCUAACUUCCAGCUCUUCUCUCUGGUACUGGGUGUCCUUGUUGCUGUUGUGGGAUCAUAUGGCUUUGCAGCUUCAAGAUAUGGGAAUUCUGAUCUUAACAGGCAUACAUUCAAUUAAGGAUGGAUGAGAGUCUUCACUUUGGAUUUAAAUUAAUUUUAAUCUUUUAACGGAUUUCACUUGAAGCUAUUAACUUUAGCUGGUGUUGGUUAAAAUCAAGCAGAGCCACUUCUAAGUGGAAAAGGGAAAUGGAAGUAUGUUUCUAAUGGAUAAUAA